UGCAGUGGCGUUAGAGCUCAAACGCUGUUCAAUUCUCUAUUGGGUCUUGAGUCUUCUCUGUCACCUGCCAAGUGGAAAUGGAGAGAGAAGAGCAAAAUCUGAGCCUGAGAUCACCUCUAAUUCAAGCUUCUGAAGAAAAUGAGCUUGAAUUGAAUGAAAAAGAGAGUGCUGGAAAGGGGGUACAGACAUCAGAGUUUGUUGCAGAGGUGAAGAAGCAGCUAUGGUUGGCUGGGCCUCUGAUUACAGUUGGUUUCUUGCAGUAUUCUCUACAGAUGAUCUCAGUCAUGUUUGUGGGUCAUCUUGGAGAGUUGACUCUCUCCGGUGCUUCCAUGGCCACUUCCUUCGCAACGGUGACUGGUUUCAGUUUACUGUUGGGAAUGGGAAGUGCAUUGGAUACUUUAUGUGGUCAAUCCUAUGGAGCAAAACAGUAUCAUAUGCUUGGCAUACAUAUGCAGAGAGCCAUGUUUGUUCUUUUAGUUGUUAGUGUUCCACUCGCUUUCAUCCUGUUCAAUACAAGUACCUUUCUUUUGGCUGUGGGGCAAGAUCCCGAUAUAUCAGCAGAAGCUGGACUUUAUGCUCGCUUUAUGAUCCCCUGCCUUUUUGCCUAUGGCAUUCUUCAAUGUGAAAUCAGAUUCCUUCAAACCCAAAACAUUGUCUUUCCAAUGAUGAUAAGCUCUGGAAUUACGACUUUGCUUCACAUCCUUGUUUGUUGGAUGUUGGUUUUCAAAUCUAGUCUCAGCAACAGAGGUGCUGCCAUGUCAAUUUCCAUUUCUUAUUGGAUGAAUGUGUUACUGCUAGCACUUUAUAUCAAGUUAUCCCCUAACUGCAAGAAGACUUGGACUGGUUUCUCAAGGGAAUCGCUUCAUGGUGUCCUCAUUUUUAUAAAGCUUGCAAUUCCUUCAGCUGUUAUGGUCUGCUUGGAGAUGUGGUCAUUUGAAAUGAUGGUUCUCCUGUCUGGUCUUCUUCCUAAUCCAAAAUUAGAAACAUCAGUGUUAUCAAUUUGCCUUAACACAGCUUCAAUGGUCUGGAUGAUCCCUUUUGGACUUGGUGGAGCUGUAAGCACGAGAGUUUCAAAUGAAUUGGGGGCUGAGAGUCCUCAAGCUGCACAUUUAGCAGUAAAGGUUGUAUUGCUUAUGGCCAUUACAGAGGGUAUUCUAGUAGGCUUGGUCAUGAUCUUGAUACGUAGAAUUUGGGGUUAUGCUUAUAGCAAUGAAGAAGAAGUAGCCAAAUACGUAGCAACGAUGAUGCCAGUUCUUGCAACAUCCAACUUCUUGGAUGGAAUCCAAUCUGUGCUUUCAGGUACCGCAAGAGGGUGUGGGUGGCAGAAAAUUGGUGCUCUUGUAAAUUUGGGGGCAUAUUACCUUGCCGGCCUUCCUUCUGCUGUUUUAUUAGCUUUCAUUCUUCAUAUUGGAGGGAAGGGACUUUGGUUGGGGAUCAUAUGUGCACUUAUUGUUCAAGUAUUGUCUCUUCUGUUCAUAACUCUACGUACUAACUGGGAAGAAGAAGCAAGGAAAACUACUUGCAGAGUUCAUGAUUCUAGCAUCCCCACAAAUAUGGCUUCAUAAAGUUCAAAUGUUAGGGACUCUGUUUAAGAAUCUCCAACUAAAUUCAACUCAACAAAUAUGUAUUCCAACAAUACUUCAGUGUACAAUAAUGUCCUAGAAUGAUGUCUUGCUUUUCAACAGCAUUGCUUCAGUUUGUUACCAAUUUCUAUUGUUCUUACUCGAUAAGGUUGUUAGAAACAGACUAUGCAUUUGUAUUCAUUAUAUA